UACAGCGCCGGCUGCGCAGCCCCGGCCCUCUCCCCACCACCCGGGCUGAGUGGCCCUCGCAGCCGCCAGUGCCCCAGCGCUGGGAGCUGCCCUAGAGCCCGAAGGCGCUGCGCCAGCGCGGGGCAUCAGGAGUCUGACCCCGAAAAUGCCGGACCUCCUAGCCCGGCAGGCAGACUAAUCGUGGGGUGAGUUACAGAAAGGAAAAAGAAAAAACCCCUUCCGAUUAAGAGUUUUGCUUUUCAGACUCCUUCCCUGCCCAUUAACACGCAGCAAAAUGACAAUAACAGUUGCGUAACUGCGGUAUCCUAAGGAAACUCCUUUGUUUACCUUAUGAAAACCAGCUGGUGAGAUGCAGUCUGACCAUUGACUCACCCACAGCGGGGAGAACUGGAAUUCAGCCACCUACCCAAACAAUAUGAAGAUUUCCUAUGUUGAACCUGCCAUUCUCCUUAACUCCUUUGCUCUGUCUUUGAUCUCUCCACUGACGACACAAUACCUGUAUAGGAGAAUAUGGGAAGAAACAAGCAACUACAGCUUUGCCCUUGAUAACAAUAUUUCUGAGUGUGACAAAAACAAAAGCAGCCCAAUUUUUGCAGUCCAGAAGGAAGUUCAGGAAAAAGUGUCUUUAUUUAGCCUACAGAUGGAGAUAAGUGGUUUAAUUCCUGGCCUGUUGUCUACGUUCAUUCUUCUAUCUAGUAGUGAUCGCCAUGGGCGAAAAUUCCCUAUGAUUUUAUCUUCCGUUGGUGCUCUUGCAACCAGCAUUUGGAUCUAUUUGCUGUCCUACUUUGCCUUUCCAUUCCAGCUUUUGAUUGCAUCUACCUUCAUUGGUGCAUUUUGUGGCAAUUAUACAACAUUUUAUGGAGCUUGCUUUGCCUAUAUAGUUGAUCAGUGUAAAGAAUCCAAACAAAAAACAAUUCGAAUAGCUAUAAUUGAUUUUAUGCUUGGACUCGUUACUGGACUAACAGGACUGUCAUCUGGCUAUUUUAUUAGAGAACUAGGUUUUGUAUGGUCAUUUUUAAUUAUUGCUAUAGUUCUUACUGUUAACUUGACAUAUAUUUUAUUUUUACUUGAUAAUCCAACGAAAGAGUCUUCAACUCAGAAUGUUACCAUAUCAUGUAGUGAAGGCUUUAAAGACCUAUUUUACCGAACUUACAUACUUUUUAAAAAUGCUUCUGGUAAGCAACGGCUUUUGCUCUGUUUGUUACUUUUUACAAUGAUCACUUUUUUCUUCGUAAUAAGUGGAAUUUCCCCAGUUUUUAUCCUUUAUGAAUUGGGUCCCCCACUCUGCUGGAAUGAAAUUUUUAUAGGUUAUGGAUCAGCUUUGAGUAGUAUCUCCUUUUUGAGUAGCUUCCUAGGAAUUUGGCUUUUUUCUUAUUGCAUGGAAGAUAUUCAUAUGGCCGUCAUUGGAAUUUUUACCACCAUAGCAGGAAUGGCCACAGCUGCUUUUGCUAGAACUACACUGAUGAUGUUUUUAGUCCGGGUGCCAUUCCUUUUCACUAUUAUGCCACUCUCUGCCCUGCGAUCCAUGUUGUCAAAAGUAGUCCGUCCUACUGAACAAGGUACCCUGUUUGCUUGUAUCGCGUUCUUAGAAACACUUGGUGGAGUCACUGCAGUUUCUGCUUUUAAUGGAAUUUAUUCAGCCACAGUUGCUUGGUACCCUGGCUUCACUUUCCUGCUGUCUGCUGGCCUGUUGUUCAUUCCAGUGAUCAGUCUAUGGGCUGUCAAAUGCAUAAACUGGAGGGAGGAGAGCAACGCACUUCUUGUACAGGAAGAGUCCAGUGAUGACACUUCAGACAGAUGACUGUGUACAGUGAUACACCCAUCAUAUACUGAGACUCCUGAAGAAUACAGACUAACUGCACGAUCAGUGCUUCAUUAAUAGUCAAUAUUACAUAUCCUUCCUUUCUCAUAAACCCGACAAUCGGAGAAACAGCACCUGGCUUUCGCUUUGAGCACUUUGUGCCCACCAUGCACUCUAUUUCCAACACAAGGAAGAACAAUCUUCAAAACACUUUGCACUUUUGGACUUACAAAGAAACCACAACUAAAAAGUGGAAGGAGGGAUUAAGAAACUGACAUGGUCAAAAGCAAUAAUUUCGCUGACAUACUCUAGUCUCUCAUGCUGAAACCCAAGGAGAAGAUUUUUACCUCAGUUUCUUCACUGGCAAAACAGGUUUCUGACCUGUCUCAGGGAUUUUGAAGGUACAAUGAAAAAUUAUAUUGAGUAACUCAAUGAUAUGAAAAUAAUGGUGUAAAUUACAAAUAUUUAUCAUUUUGUCUAUUCCUGAGUAUUGCUUUGUUUCAUGGAGCCCAUCAAGGUACAAGCAAUAGACAAAGCCUUUAAUAGUACAAGAUUCUUAAAAGAGAAGCACUUUAAAGCAUAAUCAUGUCACACAGGGGUCACUGGGGAAACAUAAGACUAUAGAUAAAACUGUCCUAAAUAAAUUUAAAAUCUGAGUAAACUGCUCAUUGUGGACAAAAACCCCCUAAUUAUAUUCAUUCCUUAAGUCAGUAGAAGGACACUCAUAUUCCAUAAACCCUGGCUGAGAAUUCACUUCUAACCUUUCUUACCCACUUCUUGUUCAUCCUCCCCACUGCACUGAGAAAGGCAUUCUAAAAUGGGUUUUGCACUCUACAAAUCAGAAUUCUUCAGUAGCUGUCUGGAAAAUGACCAAACAAGUAAACUACCACAAUUUGACCCCUCUCUAUUUCAUAGUGAAAUGUUCAUUCUGGGCUCUACCAUAGUCCAGGAAACACCAUGCUCUCUCAAACCUCCAUGGUUUGUGGGUACUUUUUGGCAGGGGUGGGGGGAGGGGAUACUAAGGAUUGGACCCAGCGGCACUUAACCACUGAGGCACAUCCCCAGUCCUUUUAUUUUUUAUUUUGAGACAAAUUCUAAUUUGCUUAGGACUUUGCCAAGUUACUGAGGCAAACUUCAAAACUGCCUUAGCCUCUCAAGUUGCUGGGAUUACAAGUAGGCACCUUAAUGCCUGGCUCCAUAGAUUUUGUUUUUGUUUUUUGGCUUUUUGGUACUAGGAUCUGAACCCAGGGGGAACUGUACCACUGAGCUAUAUCCCCAGCUUUUUUAUUUUAUUUUUUUGUGGUGCUGGGGAUUGAACUCAGGGCCUUGUGCAUGCGAGAGCUUUUUAAUUUUUUAAGACAGGGCCUCACUAAAUUGCUGAGGCUGACCUUGAGGCUUUGAUACUUCUGUCUCAGCCUCCCAAGUCACUGGAAUUACAGGCAUGUACCACUGGCACUGAUGCCCCCAUGUCUUUUUACAGUUUUAUUUGCCCUUCCUCCCACCUAACAUUAAAACUUCUGUCUUAGCAACAAUAUUGCUUCCUUUCAGUGUUCUUGAUAUUUGGCAAUAAUCCCCAAGUCCCUGCAGGACUCCCAUGCCUUUUGUAUAUACAGUACCUCCAUCCUAGUGUUUUCUACUGUCUUAUAAUCCUUCCUCCUAUUGGACAAUCAUCUCCUUGAGGACCAGAACACUCUGAUUACUUACAGUAAUAAUGCUUAAUAAAUUUGUGGGGCCAAACUAAAUGACUAUAAAAUUUUAUUUGUAUUUGUAAAAAUCAUUUAAAACUAUAUAUUUAAUGUGAUGUGAGGAUAAGCACUGAUAUCAUGCCAUAGUUAUUAAACCAACCUUGCAAAAAAUUGCAAUAUAUUCUAGGGUAGUUGAUUUAUACUAUUUUCAUAGGUACUUCAAUAACUUCAAUUUUCUAAGUUGUCAUUAUAAAAACACAAAUGUAUUGAAGUGCCAUUAGUUGGUCAACUUCUUGUAAUCUCCUAAAAGCAAAUACAGUCUUCUGUUUCAUAGUACUGGUGAGGAAAUGUUUUUUGUUUUUAACUGUAAGGUAGUCAAUGAUUGCUUGACCAGCAAAUGGUACUUGUGAUUUAAUAUACUAGAAAUUCUAAUUUCCAAGGCCAUUCCUUUUAGGUUUAGCUAAUGUCUUCCAGGCUGAAGACCCAUGUAAUAAUUGAAUGAUUCUCAGAUUGAUUGAUUUUUGUUUUUCAUCCUGUUCAAUACUCUUUUCAAACCAAAAUAAAAAGCAGAUUGUGGUUUA